AUGAAAAUUAAGAUAGCACCUGCAUUUUUUGCCGCAGCAUGGUCAAAGACGCUUGUUAUCGGAGGAAAGUCGGAAAAAAUCGAGGCUCAUCCAUCAGCAACAAAAUUAUUGAAAAACAAAAACACCCUGAAGUGCGGCGCUGUUCUGAUUUCAUCGCACUCAUUUCUUACCGCCGCUCACUGUCUCCAAAACACAAACUUGGAAGCAAUUACAGGAAGCGGAUCUGAGGGCGAAGAAAAAUACGAAAUUUCGUCGAAGAAGCAGAUCAAGCAUCCAAACUACAGCUCUGUCUAUUUCACCAACGACAUCGCUGUUUUGAACGUUUCAAAGACUAUUUCUUUUUCCAAAUUCACCUUUCCAGCGAUUAUUCCGAACCAUGCGCCAGUCGAUAAAGCACCUUCGACAGUUUGCGGCUGGGGAAGCACAACGUAUCCAGAGGAAAACUACCCCCUCGAUCUGCAAUGCGCGGAUAAUUACAUUCUCGACAACGCAAACUGUCGAAGCUACUACGGCGGCGAUAUUCGACCUGGCAUGGUCUGCGCGAUGAGCAAUACGUUUCACGAAGACGCUUGUACCGGUGAUUCUGGCGGCCCGCUCUUCGAUUGGUUCUCUUACGAUAGUAGCAGCAGCGAGGAAGCGACGGAAGAAGUCGUCGGGCUGGUUUCGUGGGGAAAUGGCUGUGGAACGCACCCAGGAUUCAGCUUUAUCUCAAACAGAUACUCAUUUAUUUUACGACUUUGA